AUGGCCUCCGCAAACCCCAAUCCCAACAGCUUCGAAGCCCUGGGCGGGGAAGUCUCUCUGUAUGAGCCUAAAGGGAAAGCAAGCCCACCGGCCGACGCUAGCGCGCCGGCACUGGUCAUCCUCUGCACCUGGGUCGGGGGAGCCACUCCCCGCCGCAUCAACAAAUACGUUUCUCAAUAUCAACUCCUUUACCCAGCAACCAGCGUUCUCGUCCUGACAUCAAAUGUUGUCAAUGUGGCGUUCCGACCCCUUAGCAUGAUCCGAUCCCGUCUGAAGACAGCAUGUGAGGCUGCUCGCCGGAUAUUAACGAUCGCGGGAAAUGGGAAUGCCCAGCCCGGUACACUGCUCCACAUGUUCUCGCACGGUGGAGCAGUGACCGGAUGUCAGUUCGCUUUGGCAAUGAAAGAGACCGAAGACCGGGGCGCACCCUUCUUCGCGAGCCUCAAGGGCAUCAUAUUGGACUGCUGUCCCGGAGAUAAUAGCCUCGGCAAGUCAUACGCUGCGGCGCGUGUCGCGGUUCCUGAUAACCCAACUGCUCAACUCCUGGGCAGGGCACUUCUCUACCCGGCUAUGUCUGUUGUUGUUGGUUUGCAGCAGGCUGGUGUCCUGCGUUCCGUACGGGCGUUGCGAGCUCUGCUUAAUGAUCCGAAUACUUUUGGAUCGAGUCCGGGGAGAUUGUAUAUUUAUACCAAGGAGGACCCGGUAGUUGGCUGGACUGAUGUUCAGGAGCAUCUUGAAGAAGCUCGCAGUUUGGGGUACCGCGUGGAACAGGCUCUCUUUGAGCAUGGUGCGCAUUGUGGGUUAAUAAUGGAGAACCCUGUUCAAUAUUGGGGUGCUGUUCAAACGUUCUGGGGUGGUGAGAAGGUUCCAAAUCAUCAGAUACCUGGCCCGUCUCAAGUCUCUCAGAUCAGUGUGCGCAGUCGCCUAUGA